AUGUCCGACGAUGAGCAGCACCAACAGACCUUCGAGCAGGCCGGCUCCGGCGCGUCCUUAACCUUCCCUAUGCAAUGCUCUGCUCUUCGUAAGAACGGACACGUUGUCAUCAAGGGCCGCCCUUGCAAGAUCGUCGACAUGUCUACCUCCAAGACUGGAAAGCACGGUCACGCCAAGGUCCACCUUGUCGCCAUCGAUAUCUUCACUGGCAAGAAGUUGGAAGAUAUCUCCCCCUCUACCCAUAACAUGGACGUCCCCAACGUCCGUCGUGAGGAAUACCAGCUCGUCAACAUCGACGACGGUUUCCUUAACCUCAUGACCACUGACGGCACUGCCAAGGACGAUGUCCGCGUGCCCGAUGGAGACAUUGGCAAGGAUAUUCAGGCCGGCUUCGACGAUGGCAAGGAUCUCCUUGUCACCAUCAUCAGCGCCAUGGGUGAGGAGCAGGCCAUUUCCUUCAAGGAAGCCCCCAAAGGCUCUUAA